CAGUCUCUUCUUUUAAUGUGGAGCACGCAAACACUAGCCAUUAAAUAUCUCCACUCUCCUCUUCUCUUUGUACGUUCCUACCACAAACUCAUAUCUUCUCCACAGACGAAGAAGGAGAAGAGCUUAUCUAUCAGUACCAUCAUGAGUGUUCUCCAUCUCCUCACUCUCUCCCUUCUAAUCUCUGUUUCAGGAGCAAAAUUCUCCGGCCGACCAGGAGUCAACUACGGCCAGCUCGGAAACAACCUCCCGUCACCGUCAGACUCAGUCAGCCUCAUCAAAUCCCUAAACGCGAAAAGCGUCAAGCUUUACGACGCCAACCCAUCCAUCCUCGCCGCACUAAAGGCCACCGACAUCGUCGUCUCCGUAAUGGUCCCCAACGAGCUCAUCGUCAACAUAACCAAAUCCAAAACCCUCUCCGACGACUGGAUCAAAUCCAACGUCCUCCCUUUCUACCCCUCCACCAAGAUCCGCUACCUCCUCGUCGGCAACGAGAUCCUCUCCUCCCCGGACUCCGAGCUUAAAUCCGCUUUAGUUCCAGCAAUGCGCAAGAUCCAACGCUCGUUAAAGACCCUCGGCGUGAAAAAAGUCAAAGUGGGGACCACGCUCGCCAUGGACGUUCUCAACUCCUCCUACCCUCCUUCCAGCGGCGAGUUCCGGUCCGAUAUUUCCGGUUCGGUUAUGAGACCGAUGCUACAGUUCCUAAACCGGACCAAAUCGUUUUUUUUCGUCGACGUGUACCCGUACUUCGCAUGGGCCCAAGAUCCGGCCCAUAUAAAUCUCGAUUACGCUAUUUUCGAGUCCACCAACGUAACCGUGGUGGAUCCGGUGACGAAUCUCACUUACCACAACCUCUUUGACCAGAUGAUUGACGCUUUCGUCUUCGCGAUGAAACGCCUCGGGUAUCCGGAUCUUCGGAUCUGGGUCGCGGAAACGGGCUGGCCCAAUAACGGAGACUACGACCAAAUCGGAGCGAAUAUCUACAACGCCGCCACUUAUAAUCGUAAUGUAGUCAAGAAACUCGCCGCCGAGCCGCCUGUAGGUACUCCGGCGAGGCCCGGGAAGGUUCUCCCGUCGUUUAUUUUCGCGCUUUACAACGAGAAUCAGAAAACGGGUCCGGGUACGGAGCGGCAUUUCGGGCUCCUGCAUCCGAACGGGAGUCAGGUUUAUGAGAUUGAGCUGUCGGGGAAGACGACGGAGUAUAAGGAGUCCUUGCCGGCGCCGGAGAAUAAUGAGGUGUACAAGGGGAAGAUAUGGUGCGUUGUGGCGAAAGGAGCGAAUUGGACUCAGCUUGGUGAUGCUCUAUCGUACGCUUGCUCGCAGGGGAAUAAUACUUGUGACCCGAUUAAACCGGGUGGAUCAUGUCACAAACCGGAUUUGAUGGUUUUCCACGCCAGCUACGCCUUUAGCUCUUACUGGGCUAGCUUUCGGAAGGUCGGUGGGACUUGCUACUUCAAUGGGCUUGCCACUCAGACAAUUAAAGAUCCAGGCUACGGACGCUGCGAGUUUCCUAGCGUGACAUUGUGACGACUUACGAGUUACGACAGUGUCGUGAAGAGAGAGAGACAUACGAGGAAAGACCGCAAGGUGUUACGGCUCUGAUUAGCAGACCUGGCACGUUAAACCGCAAGAUGUGUAUGGCUUGAUUACUAGAAACUGCAAGAUGUUGUUUAUUUAAUUUGUUCACUCUCGAAUAAUAAAAACUCAUGAGUAAUAAAUUGGUUUUGUCUAUUAACGUGAUGAUUCUCUU